CUCCUUUCUGUAGCCAAGCCAUUAGCCAUGAAUUAUGGUGCUGCUACCAUCACGGCCAAUUGUCUGGAUGAAACGCAGACUCUGCCUGACUUACCGUUGUGUGUUAGCUUGUGCCUGAGCAGCAGGUUCAGGAUCAUAGUUUUUUUAACAGCUCCUUGGUUCAGGACAUAUGCAGGUAAGCAGAUGACUUUUAUUAAGAUUAAAUAAAAGUAGGUUUAUGUGCAGCUAUGAUUGUUGAUUAUAGUUUAUUUUAGUCCUCUAAACUGGCAACGAAUUCUAUAAAUUUUAUAGAUUCCUCAGAUGGAAGAUAGAUAAGUGUCCAAUUUGUCUCAUGUGAAUUGGAAAGACGGAUGCUGAUUCUCAGAUUUGCUUUAACAACUGACUUUUCUAAUACAGGACGGCUGGUAAAUUUGUAGAGGGAGGGGGACAUUGAAAGAGAGAGGGGAGAGAGCAGCAUCCCUAAGCAGGAAAACUCUUCUAACAUAUAACCGGGAAACAUAGGAGCUGAUGAGAUGGUGGAGUGAUGCAGAGUAUGGACAUUGGUGCACAUUACCUUACAUUGCACUGAGCACUCUGUGGCUGUAAUUCAGUGCUUUCAGCGCAUUGAAGGUUUUUCUGAUACUGAAGAAACAUGGUGGGCCUGAGAAACCGUUCUACGUGGGAGCCAUUGUUGCUAAAGGCCUCAUGCAUCAAGUCUUGUGCCAAUGGUUGCUCCAUGGGCAUCACUGCACAACUCACAUACGCCAAUGCUGACACAGAGUCUGUGGAAGGUGUGUUUGUGUACCCUCUUGAGGAAAAGGAGGUUGUGGUGGGCUUUGAGGCCAUGAUUGCAGGGCGGCUGGUGGGAGUGCAGAUCCAGAGCAGAGGAAAGCUGAAGGACUGCUGUUUGGAGUGCUGCCCUGGAUCUGGUCUUGAUGGACACUAUGGGAGCGGCCAGGAGUGGAGAUGCUGCUGCGGGAUGUCUGGCCUGGACAUACAAUGCACCAACGGACACCUGAUUUUGGAUGAAGACCUGGAAAGAACCACAUUCAUUGUGGGUUGUGGAGUUAUUGGCCCUAUGGACAUAGUGUCUGUCAUCAUCAGCACCACACUAGAACUCCCUACUUUGGAAAAUGGAGCUAUCCGUAUCGUCUACCCAACGCUGCUUACUCCGGUUGUAACCGGCCAGUUGACUGCAAGCAAAAGUGAAAAUGGAGGAAAGUCUGAGGAAACUGGAGCAACCAGCUGUUUCGGUGCUACCUCAGGGAAGCAGGAUCGGGCUGUAGACUCUGAACAGCAGUGCUCUCAUGGCCUCUUUUCCAGUCCUGCUGUCAAUCUGGCACCGUAUGAACUCAACUUCCAGCUGCUGGUUAGAGGCGCCUGUCUGCUGGCUGGCUUGGAGAGCCCUACACAUGCUCUGAGAGCAGAUGCAGAUCCUAGUGCCCAAAGUGCGUCUGCUACCUAUAUUACUUUGGCUCAGGAGCAUCCGUAUGAUAGACAAAUAGAGAUAAUAUUGCACCUCAGUGAACCUCACAGUCCAUUGGUCAUCCUGGAGAAAGGCAGACUGUCCUUCAGUCGGUAUGAACAACAGAUCUGCUCUCGCCGAGAUUACAUUCGAUACACACGCAAAGACUCAGAACCUGAGAGAAGGCUGGAGUACAUCCGUAGACGAUACCACAAAGACAUCCUCUGCAGCCCCGUCCUCAUGCUCAACUUCUGUCCUGACUUACUGUCAGAGCCUCUGGAGCUGCACAAAGCUACCAGAGAGUUGCUGUUCCUAAUCGAUCGCAGCGGCAGCAUGAGUGGAACUAACAUACAACGUGUGAAGGAAGCCAUGGCAGUGGCCCUGAAGAGUCUACCCACUGGUACGAUGCUCAACAUAGCUGGCUUUGGGACCACCAUCAAGCCUCUGUUUACCUCCAGCAAGCUCUGCACUGAUGUGACUCUAAUGCAGGCCUAUGAGUACAUCCAGAGGAUGAGAGCGGAUAUGCGCGGGACCAACCUUCAGGGGGCGCUGUCCUGGCUCUACCAGCAGCCCAUGCAGCGUUCAUAUCCACGGCAGGUCUUUAUCAUCACUGACGGCUCCAUCAGCAAUGUGGCUAAGGUGCUGGAGUUGGUUCGCAGAAACACAUGUGCUGGCAGAUGCUUUGGCCUCGGCCUCGGUCCCCGAGCCUGCAGGAGGCUCCUUCAGGGAAUUGCCAAACUGACUGGAGGGACCACAGAGUUCUUCGAUGAUGAAGAAAGACUCCAGCCCAAGUUAAUCAAGUCUCUAAAGAAGGCCUUUGAACCUGUUCUGACGGAUGUUCGGAUUGACUGGUACCUGCCAGAGAACAUGGAGGCCCUCCUUUCACCCAAUGAAAUUCCUCCAUUGUACUCUGGAGAUCGCCUAGUUGGAUACUGCACUCUUUAUGACAUGACAAAUUUCAAAGCAAAGAAGACAGAGUGCCAAGAAAGGGACUACAGAGGUGUGCACCAUGACUCCGUGGGUUCUGUUUUUACCCAUUCGAAUGAUGAGCUUUCACCGCCUCCUUCAUCUGAGCUCAUGCCUGUGGUGAUGCAUUCCGACAGAACCGAGCUGGAGGAGGCUCUGAGAGAAAUUUCAAGAGAAAUUUCAUCUGAGUUUUCUUGUGCCAGAGACACUGACCUUGGAAUAAGCCCAGGUGUGGAGCUGGAUUGGUCCAGUGAUAUAAGGCGGAGGAUCCAGCAGAGCUCCUACAUUCAGGAGCAGUAUGUUCUCACUCACUGCUCCCUGAGCAGCGAGCGAAGUCUUCAGACACAGUCCCAUGUACACAUUCAUGCCUCAAGCUCUGACUCUGCAGGUGGGGGCUUUCUUUCUGAUACCCAUUCCUCUGGUCCAGUAUUGGAAACAGGGUCUUUACCACAAGGCCUUGAGAGGAUGGCUCCUUCAGAGCCAUCAUCCUUAUCUCGCUGGGCGGACCCAGCAUGGCAACAAAACCUUUCAGCGGACACUCCUGACAAUGUUGCUAAAAAAAUUGGGCAUCUGGAUGGAGGCGACGAGUCUCGAAGAAGACAGAAAGCAUUAGCUCGUUCUACAAUGGCAGCAAGGAGUUUUUCAUCACCACAGGGUGAACUAGAAAUGCAUCGCCUCCGGAGAGCUCUUGAGAGGGUCUCCUUUGACCAGACUCUUGGAGGACGGUUGGAUGAAAGUGAGGGAGAAACAAGGCCUUCAUCAAGAGGGACAGUUUCCCACAGAAGCCUGUCUGACUCCAACGGACUCCUGUUUCCUGCUUCACCCCUGGACUGGGACAGCCUCACUGACCCAGAGUAUCUAUUUACUGCUGCUCAGCCUGAAGAUCCUCCCUCAGGUCAGUGUCGCUCCAUCAUUCAUGGUCUGCUGAGUGGCAAACCUGUGUCCUGGGAGGUUACUGUGGACAUGGGACAUCUCUGGCCACCAGAAGACCAGGACACCACUGGAGUCAAUGAAUGUAGAAUUGGUGGAGACGAUGUAGGAAAGCCAUGGGAGGAGAUCAUUCACCACCUGACUGCUCGCUCAGUAAUAAGGGACUUUGAAAAGCUGGCAGAAAAAGAGAAUGAAACUGGACAUGGGUCAGGUAAACGGUAUCGCAUGAAGGCUAUUCAGACAAGCAAGCACUGUAACAUCAUAUGCAUGUACACAGCCUUCACCAUUACCAAUGGCAGCACAAGCAAAGGCUUGACUGAGAGCACAGACGUCCGAAACACAGGGAUUCAUAUUGGGAACAGGCAAACUUCUCAGCCUGGAGGUCGCAGGCAGGGGGUUUAUUCUGCCGGUCUGGGAAGACGGCGGAUCAGCGGCGAAAGUGAAGAGGCUGAAGACACCUGGAACUUUACAGACGCAGGUGGAUUCUGUUCCAUGGCUACUGUAACAACAGGGAUGUCGUGCAAUCGUUCACAGCGCUCUAUAGAGAGCAAGUCAAUGGAGAGCUUCUUUAGUACCAGGUUCCAGCUGGGUCGACUCAGGUCCUCUAUUUCAUCCGGAAAACAGGUUCCCCUCAAAUCUCACUGUCUAUCAGCAGAGACCGACAAACAGCCAGAGAGUGAAACUCCAGACUACCAGCCCCUGGUGCAUUUACAACUUGCAUCAGGGGCUUUUCUCCUGACGGUGAUGUACUCAGAGUGUGUCCAAAUCCCCCUGGACCGCCUUAAGAGAGCAUCACCUUACAGCCUUCACCGACGUAGCCUCAGCCCAGCUUUUCGCUGCACUUCUCCCAGCGCUCCCUCUUUGUCCACCUCUGCCAAGCCCCCAGGUGCUCCCACGAUUCACCAUGUCACCUUUUCUCCUUCCUCGUGCUCUCUGGCCAAACCGGGUGCUCCUCCCUUUCACCACACUCCAGUGGACAACCCUUUGAUUUUGGAGUCGAGGCUUCUGCGAAAACAUUUGUCGGACCGAGACCCUGUCACCUCUCCCCCUGAUCUCCCGAGCUCUGAGGAGGGAUCCUUGGAGCUGUCUAUUGGUCCCUCUCACAGUCAAAGCCUUGGACAAGCAGACAGCGGCCGUGGUUCAGAGACUGAUAUAUACGAGGGGACUUCAGCAGAACUAGCAGACCUCCAGGGUAGCAGCCAGUUGGCUCAGGAAGAUCUAGAAGGUUCCACCUGGGCCACCGCUGUAGCUCUGGCAUGGCUGGAGCACCGGUGUGCUGGCUACUUCAUGGAGUGGGAGCUGGUGGCAGCAAAAGCAGAUUUCUGGUUGCGCUGUCAGAAACUGCCAGAGGGAGUGGACCUUGCAGGGCUAAGAGGAGCAGCCAGACAGCUGUUUCUGCUGCUGCGCCACUGGGAUGAAAACAUCAAGUUCAACAUGCUGUGUUAUAACCCCAAUAAUAUGUGAGACAGUCAGUUCAGAGGUACAAAAACAGAUCCACAAUCAUGUGGAAAAAUUAGGACACCCCAACUAUUUUUUUUUUAUAUUUUGUUUUUAAGAAAUGUUCGCAUGUUGAUUUGUAAUUAGCAAGAAAUUUUGAUAAAGAUUUGUUUGUUUGUAAAAUUUGUUUAUAAGUAAGCAAAAAUGAAAAUUGUUUUUCUUAUUAAAGAAAGGAAAUAAAUGAGCAAAAAGUUAGAACACUCCACCCACUAAAAGCUAGUUUUUGCCCCUUUGACUGAAAUGACUUCAGUCACUGCUUGUAUCCACCUGCCAGUCUCUGAUAUUGUUCUGAGGAAAGUUUGUCCUACUCCUCACAUUCAGCUGAGAGAUGUUUGAGGGGUUUUAAGUCACUGCACAAUGUCUCACAAAAAUCUGAUCUGGGCUUUGACUUUCCAUUUCUUAAUGGUCUUUGGUGAAUUCACUGUUAAUUUGGGGAGCACUGUCAUUAUGUAAGGACCGGUUCUGCUUCGUCUUUAGUUUUUUUUUUUUUAAGUCUUGCAUCCUCUGAUACAUGGUGGAAUAAUGGUGGAUUCUGCAAGGGUGAGCUGCCAUGUUCUGCUAUAGCAAAGCAUCCUCAAAUAAUGACACUUCCACCUCUGUGCUUCAAAGUUGAUAUGAGGUUCUUUUCCUAGAAUGCUGUGUUUAGUUUAUGCCAAUCAUACCCUCUCUUCUGAUGCCCAAAUAUAUUUUAUGUGGACUCAUCUGUCCGAAGAACAUUAUUCCAGAAGCCCUGGUGUUUGUCUGCAUUCUCCAUUACCAAAUUAAGGCUUCUGGCUUUCUGUUUUUCUUAAGAGAGCAAAGGACACUUGCUUUUCCUUUUAACAACUCCCGUGAGUAAAACUUGUGCAGUCUCAAAUUUGUGUUCACUCUCACUUCAACAGACAAGAUCACACCAAAUAUAAAUGACUGAGGUUUAAACUGGGCAAAUCGCCUUGAAAAUGUUGGCUAACAAUGUUCCAGUCAUUUGCACUUGACAAAAAGUAAUAAAUGUGAGGCAGUCCUAAUUCAUUCCUAAUCAGAAAUAGCAUUUUUAUUUCAUUUUGCAUAAAAUGUAUUUCUUUUCUCUUUUUUAGUUUUAUCUUAUGUAUAUUACUUGAAUUAUCUGAUAUGAAAUAUCCAAAUGUCCAAGCUCAAUAGAAAGAGACAUAGGCUAUUGUAGGGUGUCUUACUUUUUUCACGACUGGAUAACAAAAGCUGUACUUUAUUAGUUGAUACUGUAAAUCAGUGCCAAAUUCACCCCAAUUUACAAAAGUGACCUUUUAUUAUAAAUUUGCUUUAUGCAAACACAGGAAUGCCUUGACCAUCUGAAUAAGCUUUUUGUAGUUUAGACUGCAGCUUAAAGUCUAUGUUAUGUAUACUAUGCCAAACAAAGAAUCAGUGAAUGAUUGUCAUGUUGGCUAUUAGAUAAACUGAUGAAAGUUUAGCUCACACAAUCAACAUAAUAAUACAACAUAAUGGAAGCUAAGCAUUUGCUUUACUGUGUACAAAAGGAAUAAAAGUUUUAAUCUGU